AUGGAGGGCUCGGCCUCGGCAGCGCAUCGAAAGAUCGAGCUCCAGACCCCCGAUGACCUGGCAUAUCUUCUGGCCAAUGUACGGCGCGCAGCCACGGCACGUCUAGACGAGGCGUUUCCGCCGGUGGAUGGGGCAAGCGGCGCCGCUGCCGAUGGUGACGAAUUGCGGACGAGGAUCGAGGAACUUGUCAAUGAAUACAUCAUCAAGACCUUCACCCUAGCAGGCCCAAACCUCUCUAUCAAUGGCAUGCCCGUUGAUGCAGCACAUUACCUCUCCGGUAGUCCUUCCGAUCCGCAGCAGCCGGAAGAAGUCUACGAGCCGUUUGACGCACGUAAGCGCGCCCGUCUCGAGGAGCUAACGCGCGAGGAAGAGGACCUGCUGAGAGACAUUGCCGCCUUGAAGAAAUCCGUGCCGCAUGCCGCAGCUUCCUCCUGGGCCGAAGCAGCACGCCGCUCCGUCGCUGACGACGAGCAGGCCCUUGCCGCGGCUAACGAGCGUGCCGGUGCUGAUGGCGGUGAGCUGUUGCUGGGAGACCUAAGUAAGGGGCUUCCUCGACAGGACGAUGUUGAGAGCGGCUACGAGGACGCGAUUAGGGGGCUGGGUAGGUUGAAGCGCGAGAUGCCGUCGGUAGUGGCGCGCAUGGAGAGGGCGCGGGGAGCAGGAGAGUAUGUUGUAACAGAGCGGUGA